AUGGGUAAUGCAUCUCGAAUAGCCCAAUGGGAAUUCAACGUUCUUUCCCAGUCGGAGAUCGCCAAAAUGGCCGAGGCCCAAAUCUUUCAGAGCAUGUACUACGACUCCGUCACCGGGAAUCCCAUCCCAGGUGGGUUGCUGGACCCCAGAUUGGGCCCUGCCAACCGCUACAGUGGCAACUGCGCCACUUGCUCCGACUGCCCGGGACACUUUGGGUAUUUCAUGCUUUCCCUCCCUGUUUUCAAUGUUGGGUAUUUGAAUGUUGUUGUGAACAUUUUGAAGUGCAUCUGUAAAUUGUGCUCUAGAAUUUUGUUCGAUGAGAAAUUGAGAAGCGGCCAGAAGAUGAUGAGGGAGACAGUGAAGGAGUGUGUUAAGCCCUUGACGAAUCAUAGAGCAGUUAAGUGCUCCCAUUGUGGGUAUGUGAAUGGUAAUGUGAGGAGGGAUCCGGGCGAUGUGGGAAUUCAACAUGAUCGUUCGCAACGAACUGUUAAUGGUGUUGGUGUUGUGGUCGAGGAGUUUAAGUCGGUGGUUCCGGCCAAGGCGGUUAAUAAUGUGCAGCAGAGUUUUUUGCUUGACCCGGUUAGAGUUUAUUCUCUAUUUAGGAAGAUGCUUGAUGUGGAUUGCCAGUUCCUGUGUCUUAAAACUCGACCGGAGAAUCUUCUGUUUACUUGCAUUCUUGUGCCGCCUGUAGCUAUUCGGUCUUCGGUUAUUAUGGGUGGAUCGCAGAGUAAUGAGGAUGAUGUGACUGUGAGGCUGCAGAGGAUUAUCCAAGCAAAUGCGAGACUUCGACUGCAACUAUCAUCUGCAGGAAGUUCCCCUGCUGGGGUAUUGGCUUGUUGGCAGGAGCUUCAGAUUGAGGUUGCACAGUAUAUAAAUAGUGAGGCUCGUGUAAUCGUUCCGCUGAGCUCUAGAGCUCAUAAGCCUAUGAAGCCAUUGAGUGGUUUGGUGCAGCGCCUCAAAGGGAAGACAGGGUUUCGUGGAACUUUGAGCGGGAAGCGUGUUGAAUAUACCGGGAGAAGUGUUAUAUCACCGGACCCUAAUCUGAAAAUCACUGAGGUCGGAAUCCCUAUGGAAAUGGCUAAAACUUUGAGUUAUCCAGAACGUGUUUCCAAGCAUAAUAUUGACAAGUUGAGGCUGUGUGUCAGUAAUGGGCCUUAUAAGUACCCAGGUGCCGAAAUGUUGAGAAAACCAGACGGCUCCUUAUGCACAAUGAAAGUUAACAGACAUGGUCGUGCUCUUGGACUCGAAUAUGGUGACAUAGUUGAUCGGCAUUUAGAAGAUGGGGACAUUCUUCUUUUCAACAGGCAACCAAGCUUGCAUCGUAUGUCUGUCAUGUGUCAUAGGGCAAGGAUUAUGCCGCAUUGGAGGACGUUGAGGUUUAAUGAAUCUGUUUGCAACCCUUAUAAUGCUGAUUUUGAUGGUGAUGAAAUGAAUACUCAUGUCCCACAAACUGAGGAGGCUCGUGGUGAGGCGCUUAUGUUGAUGGGGGUGCAUAAUAAUCUAUGCACUCCAAAAAAUGGAGAGAUUUUGGUUGCUUCCACACAAGAUUUUCUUACUUCUGCUUUCCUUAUAACAAGGAAGGACACAUUUUACGACCGUGCAUCUUUUGCACUCCUGUAGCUGUGUUCAUAUAUGCUUGAUGGCAAGGAUUCUGUUGAUUUGCCAACACCUACUGUAGUCAAGCCAGUAGAGCUGUGGACAGGUAAGCAGCUGUUUAGUGUUUUAGUACGGCCAAACUCAAAUGUGAGAAUCUUUCUGAAUCUUAUUGUUAAGGAGAAAUCCUACAGCUCCACCAGGACCGAUGAUGGAAGGGAAACAGAAGCAAUGUGUUCAAAUGAUGGUUUUGUGUAUUUUCGUAACAGUGAGCUAUUAGCUGGGCAACUUGGGAAGGCUACUCUAGGAAAUGGCAAUAAGGAUGGACUUUACUCUGUUCUACUCAGAGACUACGAAGCUCAUGCUGCUGCUUCUUGCAUGAAUCGCCUAGCUAAAUUAAGUGCACGGUGGAUUGGUAACCAUGGAUUCUCGAUUGGGCUUAGUGAUGUACAACCAAGUGACAAUUUAUAUGAUGAGAAAGAAAAGAUCAUCAAGGAAGGUUAUGGCAAAUGUGACAGCCAGAUAGAAUUGUAUAAUCAACAAAAGCUGGAAACACAUGAAUCACUUGAGGCUGGGAUUUCUGAGGUGUUGAACAAGAUUAGAGAUCAAACUGGAAAGCUGUGCAUGCAAAAGCUUCAUUGGAGAAACAGUCCCUUGAUCAUGUCCCAGUGUGGCUCCAAGGGUUCUGCUAUCAAUAUUAGCCAGAUGGUUGCUUGUGUUGGUCAGCAAUCUGUUGGUGGUCGUCGUGCGCCUGAUGGUUUCAUAGAUCGAAGCCUUCCACAUUUCCCUAGGAACGCAAAGAUGCCUGCAGCUAUAGGGUUCGUUGCUAAUUCCUUUUACAGUGGCUUGACACCUACAGUCUUUUUCCAUACAAUGGGAGGGCGAGAGGGACUUGUUGAUACAGCAGUGAAAACUGCUGAAACUGGGUACAUGUCACGUAGAUUGUCAAAGAUUUUAGAGGAUCUUGCAGUCCACUAUGAUAAAACAGUACGGGUUGCAAAUGGAGGUAUAGUUCAGUUCUGUUAUGGGGAUGACGGUAUGGACCCUGUGAUGAUGGAAGGGAACAGUGGAGCUCCGGUAGACUUAUAUCGAAUGUUUCUGAAAGCCAAGGCCACAUGCCCUACUAGAAAAACUGAUAGCAGCCUGUCUCCUGAACAAGUGUAUGAAGUAGUGAGAAGCAGGCUUUCAGAACAAGAUAUGAUUCCUGAAGAUGGUUUAUCUAUGGGUUUUAAAAGUUCUAUAGAGAAAUUCCUGGAUGAAUACGUAAAAACACCAAGUAAAACACAUGAGAAUUUGAUGUUGAAUCAAAGUACUGGUUGGGAGGUGAAAUCUGAAACUCUGGAGAAGAUUGUCAAAAGUAUUUCUGGUGUCACUUCUAGACAGCUGGAGGUUUUUCUAGAUACUUGUAUUUCUCGUUAUCAUUCAAAAAGGAUUGAUGCUGGAACGGCAAUUGGAGCAAUUGGAGCUCAAAGUAUUGGUGAGCCUGUGACACAGAUGACACUGAAAACCUUUCACUUCGCUGGAGUUGCUAGCAUGAACGUUACACUUGGAGUACCUCGGAUAAAGGAGAUAAUAGAUGGAACCAAAAAUAUUAAGACACCUAUCAUCACUGCAGUACUUGAGUGUGAUAAUAAUGCGAUGAUUGCACGCAUGGUAGCAGGGCGAAUUGGGAGCACAAAUUUAGGGCAGGUGGCUAAGAGUAUAGAGAUCCGAAUGACUCCCAGACAGGCAUGUAUAGUCAUCAAGCUUGAUAUGGUCAUGAUUCGAGAUGUGCAGUUGUCUAUAGAUGUUGAUGUUGUGAAACAAUCAAUUUUAAAAGUUCUGAGAGUCAAACUGAUGCAAGAGAAUAUUCAAGUUCCAGAUAGCGAAACUUUGGAAGUGUUUUCUCAGGACAAAGAUAGACGAAGACUUUAUUUUGAGCUCUACAGAUUAAAGACUUUUGUUAGUGUGAGGGGCAUAGCGACAGUUCAGCGUGUUGUCAUUGAUGAAAGUGAUGUGAAAAAGGAUAAAGAAGUUAUUCAAGUUAAAGGUGCAGAUGUUGAUAAAAGAGAAGUAAAGAGGUACAGGUUGUUUGCUGAAGGCAAGGGACUUCAGGCAGUAAUGAACACUGAAGGAGUAGAUGGUUGUAAAGCCACUAGUAAUAACAUUAUUGAAGUGCAGCAGACACUUGGGAUUGAAGCUGCGAGAAUUUCUAUCAUAGAGGAUAUAAAGUAUACUAUGAAGCAACAUGGAAUGAACAUAGAUGAUCGCCAUAUGAUGCUUUUAGCGGAUGCAAUGACAUCCACGGGUCUAGUUCUUGGAAUGACAAGAUUUGGCCUUCAAAAGAUGAGCAAAAGUGUUUUAAUGGGCGCUUCAUUUGAGCGUACAGAUGAUCAAUUGUUUAAUGCUUGUGUAAAGGGGGCAGUAGACAAGAUUGAAGGAGUUAGUGAAAGAAUAAUUAUGGGUAUACCAAUGCCCAUAGGGACUGGAAUGUUCAAAGUUAAACACAACCUCCCUACUACUCCUGUUCUAAAUUCAUUUUUCUGCACAGACUGA